UGCUUUGCUUUUGACAUGUAUAUCUGUGUGCCUUUACCUCUGCCAGAGUUUGUAGCAGCGGCGGUUCACUCUCACUUUGAUGACUGUCCUGACUCUCAUAAUCAGUUUUGUUUCCACGGCACCUGCCGCUUCCUGAUCCUGGAAGAGACCGCAGCGUGCAUAUGCCACCAGGGUUUUGUGGGGAUGCGCUGUGAGCAUGCUGACCUGCUGGCUGUGGUCGCCACCAACCAUGGCCAGCACACGGUGGCCACCAUGCUGGUUCUCUGUGUGGUUGGCUCCGUGUUGCUCAUGCUACUCUUCACCCUCCUCAAUUGCUGGUGGAGGCGUGGAGGCUGUGAGCGAGGCCGGCUGCUGACCUGCUUCUCUGAGAAGCCCAGCAGUAUACUGAAGACCAGGACCUCCUGCUGCCACUCGGAAACCGUGGUUUGAAAGCUGGAUCUGCGGUGUGCCUCAAAUGCCCGUCCCUUGCCCAUCUCCCUCCCAGGCCCUUGCCUAUUGUGUGGAAUUACUUGGACUCAACAUCAGACGGGCAGAGCACUCCCUGUGAUGGAUUUAGAGAUGGAUGCAGUCAUUUCCUCAGUGUUCUACGGAUUGGGACACUAAGCAGACCUGUUAUGAUAGUGGACGAUAGAAGGACCUUGUGUCUCUCUUGCAUGUCGAAAAUCUCCCUGAAGUUAUUGAGAUCACAGACAAAGAGACCGACGAGAGAACGAGGGUGUGAAACAAGACUGAACGAAAAGAUUAACCACACCACAAGAUACAAGCUUGUAAGCAAGUAUUUCGAGUUCAGUGGACUUCUGGCAAAUAAUUUAUCUAUAAACCCAACCUGAACAGUAACUUAACCCUGUGAUAGUGUUAGGAUCUUAAGAAUGAAAAGUAUUAUUAGGAAUGUGACUUUUAAUUGCACAUAUGGUACUUGACCUCCAAGGACAUUCAAAAACACUCAAGGGUUGUCCUCCAUUUUUGUCUUUUAAAUAUAUCACUUUUUAAAACAACUGGUCACGUACAGAAGACAACAAGCACAGUUGUAUUUUAGCCCUGAGUUACAUGGUGUUAGACACUGACAGAGGAGCAAAUCCUCUAAACUAAAUUCUUUUGUUUUUAACAUUUAAUCAUGAGGGGUUUACACAUUUAUUCCACAAGUGGACAAAAAUGGGACAUGAAUUUACGACUUGUGUGUUGAUCAUCAUUAGCUGAGCCACAACACACGGACAAUGA